GGUAGAGCCAGACAUGGUGCCUACUGUCUAGGAUCCGUCUGCGUUGACUCCGCUCAGCCAAAUCUCCCUAAUCUCCCUUUACAGAUAUAUAGUUGCAUGUUUUACUGUUUUGUGCGAAAUCAUUAAUAACUAGUAUAAAACCAGUCUGCACACCACCAAGGUGAAUUGGUUUAGUCUUGACUCUUGGUUGACAGUGUUGAGGGAUGGGCAUGGGCGGCAUACCAAAAUGAGUCUGACACAAUAACGCAACAAAAAACACUAUGGCUGUCCUUAAUACAAUACAUUUAGCAACUUUGUUAAUGGUUAUUUCCGAAGGGAGCCAUGUUUACAACAACAAAAACACACUCACACACAAAAUCAAAGAAACAACAGUAACGUGUUAAAAAUAAUUUGGUAAUAGAUAAGGAUGUGGUGGGUAUUUACAUGUCCAUUAUUUUAAGGCCUACAGUAUAAUACAAAACCUGAACUUGGAUUUGUUUGAGUAGCCUAUAAUGUCUAUUUCAAUUGCAAGUCAUUCCGUGAGGAAGACUCAGUAAUAAGUUAUAACACUAUUGAAAAUACAAACAGUCUGCUCGCACUCGCUCGGUACACAUCCCCCUUCAGACAGAGAAAGAGAGAGAGACAUAACCACGGGUAGAGUGGGGUGGUGGAGGCAACAAGGAAAAGCAAUGCACACCAUGCGUCGUACUGAAGCAUUGUCGGAGUGCGGGUGAGUUUGUGGUCUAAUUAGACCGCCCUGGCUGUAAAGUAGCAGUGUCAUAACUGCGUGACAUUACCACUGACUGACAGCGCUAAGGUCUAGUCGAAGUCUCCUGCAUGAACCAGCUCUGCCCGAUUGCUAGCCUCUCUCUCUCUCUCUUUCUUUUUCUCUCUCGCACGCAACCACACACGCGCAUACAUGCACACACUUUGAUUAAUCUGAAGUGAUCCAUGCUUGGUCCAAACGCCUGCACACUGACACGCACUGCGCGUCGACCUGUUGCUAUGGAGACGUCAUCCCCGCUGUCAUUGUCGGCCGUGAUUGGACACUCACCAGGGCAGCGGCAACUUCUACAAUUUUCGGAAUCUGCAACAGCUGAGUUGACAGUGCAACAGCUGAUUGGUGCGCUCAUCGGAAUGAACAAUACAUAAACUUGAAGACAUUUGACAGUCCAAUGUGAAGCUAGCCAGCGAGUUUACGCGGUCAAACUUCUUAAGGAAAUUUCUACAAGUCCAAGUGCUCCGUAUAACAAAAGGUUGUAGCUUGUUUGAAGAUGAGCUUUAACACAGCCGGCGCGUUCGCUAGCCGCAGUAGCCAAGAAAAUGUUGCUGCUGGCUCAAGCAGAAUGGAUCCAAUCCGUAUGCAGAGGGCAAAACAAAGAACGGUCCUCGGCCUCCUGAGUGAAAACGAACAGCACAGCCGUUUAGCCGGGGGUCAGCCCUCUAAACUCGGGUCCAUCUCGGAGAACUCUCAGACGACGUUUCCGGGCUGUACCUCCAGCUCCAGCUUUGAUGUCUUUGUGGAUGACCCAUGUGAGGUUGUCCUCCCUGCCUGUAGUGAAGUCGUGGUUUCACCUCAGUUGGUGGAUGAGGAUAGGGCAGCCUUGCAACAUAAAGAUUUCCGGCUUUUCCUUGACCUGAGCUCAGGAUCAUGUAUGGACACGUCAAUGCAGUCCCUACCUGAUGAACCAAUGACAUCAGAGGAUAUGCUGUGCCUGUCUGAGUACGCAGAGGACAUCCAUCGACAUUUGCGAGAGAGUGAAAUGAAAUGCCAGCCCAAACAUGGCUACAUGCGAAAGCAGCCAGACAUCACCAACUGCAUGCGUAUCAUCCUGAUGGACUGGCUGGUGGAAGUGUGUCUGGAGUACAAGCUGUGCAACGAGACCUUCUUCCUGGCCGUCAACUACGUCGACCGCUUCCUGUCAUGCAUGUCAGUGCUUCGGGGCAAACUGCAGUUGUUAGGCACCGCUGCCAUAAUGCUUGCAGCGAAGUACGAGGAGAUAUACCCCCCGGAGGUGGACGAGUUUGUGUACAUCACGGACGACACGUACACCAAGAAACAGCUGCUUCGCAUGGAGCACCUCGUCCUGAAAGUGCUGGCGUUUGACAUGACCGUCCCCACCACGCAUCACUUCCUGCUCCAGUACAUGACUGUGCAGUCUGUCUGCUCCAAGACGCAGAACCUCGCCCUGUAUGUGUCAGAGUUGAGUCUGCUGGAAGUGGAUCCUUUCCUGCAGUACGUGCCCUCUAUGGUGGCAGCUGCAGCGUACUGUCUGGCCAACUACACAGUAAACAGAACAUUCUGGCCUGAUGCCUUAGGUGCCUUCACUGGUUACACCCUGUCGGAGAUUGCCCGUUGUCUGAAGGACCUGCACAAGCUUUACCUUGGUGCGGAGAGUCGCCCCCAACAGGCCAUCAGGGAAAAGUACAAGAGCUCAAGGUAUGGAAACGUGUCAGCCGUGACGCCUCCCCCUUCUCUACCUUUCCACUGAGGCAACUGGAACCUUUAAUAGCCUGCAACACCACACAGCGCUUAACUGUUUUGUAGAUAUGUGAUUUUGUAAAAUUACUUUUUUUAAAUUGAAUUUUUUAAACCGUGUAAAUAAGCCAUUUUUAUUAGUUAGUUAGCUAUCAAGGUAACAAUAAAAAUGAUAAAGUAACUUGUUUCUUGUCAACUUUAAACUUGACUUCUUGAGGUGUUGUAUUGUUAGUUCUAGUCUGAGGAGAUCAGGAUUUGCCCCAAGUCUGUAAAAGCCACUAUUCAAACUUGGAUUUUUUUUUCAAAUCUUUUACUGUACCUUGUGUGAAACCUCCCCAGAAUCAUGGACUUCAGUCUGCAUCUUGUAUGUUGCAUCAUGUGAUUAAAAUGACAAGUUACCAUA